UCCAAAUUUCUACUUCACGGAUCCGCUUCAAAGAGGCAGCUGCAGUGGAGAAUCAUGUUAAGCUCGGCUACUGCGGAGAGCCCAAGGUAGCCCAAUGAUGGAUUUUGAUGAGCGUGGUCCCUGCUCCUCUAACAUGUAUUUGCCAAGUUGUACUUACUACGUCUCGGGUCCAGAUUUCUCCAGCCUCCCUUCUUUUCUACCCCAGACCCCGUCUUCGCGCCCAAUGACAUACUCCUACUCUUCCAACCUGCCCCAGGUCCAACCCGUGCGCGAAGUGACCUUCAGAGAAUACGCCAUUGAGCCCGCCAGUAAAUGGCACCCCCGCGGCAAUCUGGCCCACUGCUACUCCGCGGAGGAGCUCGUGCACAGAGAUUGCCUGCAGGCGCCCAGCGCGGCCGGCGUGCCUGGCGACGUGCUGGCCAAGAGCUCGGCCAACGUCUACCACCACCCCACCCCCGCCGUCUCGUCCAAUUUCUAUAGCACCGUGGGCAGGAACGGCGUCCUGCCGCAGGCUUUCGACCAGUUUUUCGAGACGGCCUACGGCACCCCGGCAGCGGCCACGGGCACGCCGGCAACUUCAAGUUCGGACAGCGGCGCCGGCGGCUGCCGGGAGGCGGCGGCGGCGGCGGAGGAAAAGGAGCGGCGGCGGCGCCCCGAGAGCAGCAGCAGCCCCGAGUCGUCUUCCGGCCACACUGAGGACAAGGCCGGCGGCUCCAGUGGCCAACGAACCCGAAAGAAACGCUGCCCCUACACCAAGUACCAGAUCCGGGAGCUGGAGCGCGAAUUCUUCUUCAGUGUGUACAUCAACAAAGAGAAACGCCUGCAACUAUCCCGCAUGCUCAACCUCACCGACCGUCAGGUCAAAAUCUGGUUUCAGAACAGAAGAAUGAAGGAAAAAAAAAUUAACAGAGACCGUUUACAGUACUACUCGGCCAAUCCGCUUCUCUAAAGGCUCCAGCCAGCUGGACCUGGGAGGGGGGCUUCAUACACAGGAGAUUAUAUGCAGAUUUUGCCCUUGACAAGGUCAAGGCAUGCGGUGACUUUUGAAGAAAGGAGAUGUGCAAGAGAAGGAAGGCAAUACACGGAGACAGCCUGGAAGGAGACCGCCCAGUGGUGGUUAAGAUUUCUAAUGAUACUUGGAUUCAGAGAGUUGUGCAUCAAUGAGAAUGAAUGGUUUGGGGCCUCUGGUGGUUCACCUUUGGAGACUGCUAGAGCUAUGGGCUGGGUGUGGUCUCCAUCAGGGACUGGGCCCCCUUCCCGCCCCCCCGGGGAAAAUUAUCCCAACCCAGGACCCUCCACACGGAGCCUGGUCACCUCUAGGACCCCUGUGUCAAGAUCGCCAAACCCAAUUCAGUUUGGGAAAAGGAGCAGAAGGAAAGGAGAGGAUUCCUAGAUGUCUGGAUUGGGACUGCUUUCCAAAGUUAAUGUGAAAGAUGACUGGAUUAAGAGGUCGAUGGGAGGUGGGAGAAGGCUGUUGAUCCUUGAGGGGAAAAAUAAUCUACCAUCCCAGGUGGCAUCAGUGGCUCUCCACUCCUCCUAGCCACUCACCGCACUGUCCUAGGCCCGAGCUUCUAGCAGUCAACUGCCUUCUGCAACCCACCUAGUUUUUCCUAUCGACGAGGGUCUUCGUCUGGCCUGCCACUUUGGGCCUAAAGCCUGGUAGCAGAGCAGACCAUUCCCUGAGGUGGAAGAUAUCAAAAAGCCUAGAGGCUGCACCCAGGCCGCUGGCCCCCGGAUCCCUGCAGGAAAUGCCUGUGGAGUGCGGCAAUUUGGCAAAGUCUAUGCCACACUUAAUUCAAGCUUGGAUUUGCUCAGUGGAGCAGCGGGCCUGGCCAGCAGUCCCCAGCUAUGAGGAGCUUGAGUCCCCCAAACACCCAGUUUCAACGUCGCACUCUGCCCUUCGCCACCCUAGAACUGAGCCUGGAAGCUUUCGGUGACCUUCUAAGAGCUCAAGAGUGAUUUGGAAUUAUUUUAAAAGAUAAAUAUUAUAUUAUAUAUAUAUAUAUUUCCCUGCAAGAACCAAAGUGAAUUUUAAAAGAUGCAAUGUAGAGGGGGGGAGAAAGAUGAUGAAGAGAAUAUUUAAAGGCUCUAUCUGUUUACAGUGUUCCACGGUUAAACUCACUCACUGCUAAAAAUAUUUGAAUGUACGCUUCAUACAGGGAUGGUGUUCAAAAGACUUGUAAAUAAAGGAACCAUAACCUA